AUCAUUUUUCUGCCUUUUUUUUUUUAACUUUUUUUUAAACUUUUUUGUAAAAGCGCUCCGCGGCUCCACAUGGCGCUGAUGUGCAGACAGUUGUGCAGCGGCGCAGCCACAACUGCGGGCUGGGUCGGUGUCAUCGUGGCCACGGUCACCAACGACUGGGUCAGAACCUGCGACUACACGGUGGCGACGUGCGUGCGCAUGGACGAGCUGGGCUCCCGUGGUCUGUGGGCUGAGUGCGUCAUCUCCCCGUCACUGUCCCACUGUGUGGCGCUAAACCAAAUUCUGUCCCUGCCGGCCUACGUCCAGACGGCUCGUGCACUGAUGAUCUGUGCCUGUCUCCUGGGACUCCCUGCCAUCAUGCUGGUCCUGAUGUCCAUGUACUGCAUCAGGCUGCCCAAUGACACGUCAGCCGUGAAAAUGAAGCGGGCCAGAGUGGGCGGAGUUCUUUUUAUUCUAAUGUCCGUGUGUGGCAUCAUCGCCACCGUGUGGUUUCCCAUCGGCUCCUACCAGAAUGAGGGUCUGAUGUCAUUUGGGUAUUCGCUCUACGCCGGCUGGAUUGGUUCCGGCCUCUGCCUCGUCGGUGGGAUCAUGAUCUUGUGUUGCUCCAGCCCUGACUCCUGGAUGCCGAGCCGUGAGAACAGUUUCUACUACUCCAGAAAUCGAGGAACAGCUACACCACUGGACCCGCCCGCCAACCACCCCAAGAGUGCCAGGGUGUGAGAUGUGGACUCUUAACUAUCGCUUUAAAAUUCACGCGGCGAGGGCGUUUAUUAUCCCUGUAAAAUAAAAACCUGAGUGCAAAAUGUCCUGCCAAGAUAUCAGACUGUCAUAUUUGUAGGCCUUAGAUACUGCAUAUUUCCAUAUUUGACAAAAGCUAACCAAUAUUAGCUCACGUAUAGCCAAAGACUAGCUCAGUAAUGGCUUUCAGUUAGUCAUAAAUGACUGUUAGCUACUCAUAUAACAGUCUAUUAGAAGUCAAAUGUUCUGAAUGUUUCUAACCAAUAUUCAAAAAGAGCCACGUUUGAAUUUGAGAAUUAAUACAAUUAAAUGAAAUUAUUAAAAAUAAUUCACAUUCAGCUAAAGUUUGAAACAAGUCCAACAAGUGCAAAAAAAAAAAAAAAGCUUAAUUUAGUCACGCUUAAACUAACCCUGGGUAUUACUUAUAUGGCAACAUUAGUAGAAUUGUAUUAAAUAGUCAGAAGCUGAAAGUUACAUCUGUUCAUAACAAAAGAGUGAUUGUGAAUUUUCUAUUCCAUAAUGUGUUGUUUCAAGGAUUCACUGGUUUUCUUAACAAUGUGUUUUUACCUUUUAUAGUCCAAGGUAUUUUUUCAACUUUUUACAGAUACUGUUGUUAAUAUUUUAUCAACUUUCUUCUAUACUUUAAUGUAAUCACAUUUCUUUUUUAGACACAGCAUAAUAUCAACUAUGUAAUCACUGUGUAUUCACUCUGCAGUUCUUUGUUUGUUGUCAGAAUUAAUUAAAAAAAGGUUUCUUUUCACUUCAUUUAUUCCUCUAACGCCAACAACUCGAACCUUCAACGUCGUCAUCUGUUGUCGCAGACAGGACAGCGAGACAGUGUUAAAGCAACAUCAAAGUAAUAAAUAUCAUUCACAUUAAGAGACACCUUAUAAAACAAAUCAUCUUUUCAUCAAGUAUGGCCAAAAAAAAAAA